GCUAAAGGAGGAACCUGGGUGUAAAUCUUAUAUUGGCAUGGACUACGGCAGGGUGACCUUGGAACAUAUAGUUCCUCAAAGCGAUAAAGGCCUGGACGGGGAACCGGACCGAGAGUAUUUACGGAAACACGUGCACCGCUUAGGAAACCUAACGCUUCUGGUGGACCGUCAUAAUUCGUCUCUUGGCGAUAAGCCUUGGAAUGAAAAAAGAAAGGGAUAUGAAGUGACUUCUACUGGCGCCGCCCAGCCUUUCGAACUGACCAGAAAGGUGCUGAAAUUGGAAGUCGAAACAAAGGAAGGCGAUCUGGUCACAGGACGCCACUGGAAGAGAGAGAGUUUUGAGAAGAACAAUAGUUACUUGCUGCAGAGCAUUCGAGACGCGUAUGCAAUUGACUUUCUCGAGCUGGACGAGAUUCCAGAGGACCAGGAAACCUCUAAGGAUAAGUCCGGAGCUUGAAGAUCCGGAGCUUGAAGAUCCAUUCGAUUCUGGGAAGUAUGACACCAGUUUGCUUGAAGCAUUCGAGGAAAAUGGCCCGGGAUCGCCAGUUGUGGAAAACCGACAGACAGAGCUUACUCAAUCUGCCAUGUCGGGGCCGGCGGAGAUGCAGCUUGAUAACGUCCCAAUGCCGACCCCCGGGGAGGAAACUGGAGCGCAACAACUGAAAGAUGAGGAUCAAAAUGACAACAACCUGGAAUCACGAAUGGUAGAAGACCAAAACCUGAUGUCAGUGGCGCCUGACACAGAGCCAGUUGUUCAAUCUACAAUGAUGGGGCCGGCAGACAUGCAGCUUGACCACGUGCCAGUGCCGGAGCCCCCGGAGGUAACUGAAACGCAAAGACUGAAAGAUGAGGAUGCCUGUGAUGUUAUGGAGUAUACGAACACCCGCCAAGCACUCCAAAGUGAACACGACUUGGAAUCGCGAAUGGUAGAAGACCGAGACAUUCCCCGAUCUGCGGGGUCAGCGGCGCCUGACACACAGGCAACUGUUGCGUCUAGCGUGCAUGAAAUGGAACAACGAGAUAACACCGAGGUGCUGAAAAGGAAGCGACCGCGGAGAGGCUGUGCCAAGGUCCUCGUAUGUGGCAGUGAUCGAAAAGUUCGGGGCAUAUGCGGCUUGCCGCGGGAUGAAAAGGGCAGCUGUGGGCAAUGUCAUCACAUCUGCGAUGAUGCCACAUGCAGGAGCUCAAACGAUGAGCAUCUUCGACGAUGUAAGAAUGCCGUUGCGAAAAAGACCACCCAUCUAUGCGCGACAUGUGCCAUGGAUAAGCCUAUCAGAGACCUCCGAUCAGGUUUGUCCAAGGUUACCCGUGAAUGGAAAGAAUGCGACGAGAGACUAUCAUCGGAAUUGGCAGAUCUCAAGACUGUGGCGGUCCCGGAUAUGAAAAGCUUCCGAGCUUGGUUGCGAAAUCUUCGCACCGACAAUGAUUUCAAUAAUGCCAUUCGGACGGUUUUGACGGAGAGGGGGACAUUUGACGACAACGGUUUUAAACCCGAUCUCACUCGGAACUGGGUGCGUGAUACUUUAAGUGAUGCGAAGGACGAGAUACGUCUCCUAGCAGAUAUUCGAGUAUGCACGGGUUUGAAGUCUCUGCUCCAGGGAAAACAGUGUGACAUCACAGAACUGCCCGAAAAUCUCGCAGAUGACAUAGCUUCAGGGAUCAUAUGCCUCUUCUCAGCAAAGAAGAUGAAGCCCUUCAAAGCGUUGGGUUAUCAUGACGAGAAAUUUGGACAGAAGAUAGAGGUUAAAAAACUCAAAAAAGCUCUUAAAAGCGUGGAGAGUACUCUCUCUCGACAAGUAAAGACCGGUAAAAACAAACGGAAGGGGGCCCCAACAUAGUUUUCCUGCGGUUCCGCCAAACCUCAGUGUCUAAAUCAGGACGAUUGAUCUCAAGGAUGGAAAUUUGCAUCGAUCUGUGCACGAUUGAAUAAGACCUCAUAUUUGAAUGGAUCGACCUACUACAUUCCAGGGGGUUGGGCAGACCCAUUUGAUCCCCAGGACGCGAUGUAGGAUCAAAACGACCUCGCUCUAGCUGCGUAGAGAUAGCUUGUACCAAGCGUCUUCGACCCCAUUCACUCAAAGACCUGCAAAUCUCCUAUGUAGUUGGCUGGCUGCCUUCAAUCGCUGA